AUGCAACGCCUUGUGUGCCUCACUGCCUUGCUCGCGGCUGGCGCCCACGCAGCGUCCCAGCCUGCGUGGCAUGUGUGCCACCGCCAGCACGACGCCUGCGCAACCAAGAACUGGGUCUGCUGCGUCGGCCCCGACGACAUUACGAGCGGCAAGACCACGUGCCGCCCGACGUGCGAGACGACGCCGCCGCGCAUGAAGCUCACGGAAGACUGCGACGACGACGACGACGACGACGGCAAUUAUGACGACGACGACGGCGAUGAUGGCGACGAUUCGGGGUCGGGGUCCGUCGAUCCGAGUGACGACGAACCCUCUGACGAGCCCUGCGACGACGACCCUUCGGACGAGCCUUCCGAUGAGCCUUCCGAUGAGCCCUCUGACGAACCUUCUGACGAACCCAGUGACGAGCCAUCCGACGAGCCCAGUGACGAGCCUUCUGAUAAGCCCAGUGACGAGCCCUCCGACUCUGGCUCAGGCUCCGCCUACCCGACCGACGAGCCCUCGGACGAGCCUUCGGACGCGCCCAGUGACUACCCGUCCCAAGACCCCGUCUACCCGACCGAGGACCCCAGUCCGUCGCCGUCGCCCUCCAACAAGCCGACACUCGGACCUCGCCCCGUCACCGGUGACCUCAAGACGCAGAUCAUCUACCAGACGUCGGUCAUUCGUGCUGCCCACGGCCUCGGCCCCGUCACCUGGAAUGACGAGCUCGGCGCCAAGAUGCAGGCCUGGGCCGACUCGAACCCGCAGCAGAACGGCGGUGGCCACGGCGGCCCGCCCGGCAACCAGAACCUCGCCAGCUUCCUCGUCUGCAAGAACGACUGCAUGGCCAGCGCCGGUCCGGCUUGGAGCUGGUACUCGGGCGAAGAGAAGCUCUGGGACUACAACACGAACAAGAGCAAGGACGGCAACUGGAUGACGACCGGUCACUUUUCCAACUCGAUGGACCCGGGCGUCAACGAGAUUGCGUGCGGCUACUCGACGUUUUACAACCCAACGAUUCAGGCCGACGACUCGCUCGUGUGGUGCAACUACCUCGGUGGCAACGACAAGCCGAUUCCGCGACCGCUCAUGGACCAAGAGGCGCUCAUGAAGAAGCUAGUCUCGGCGUAUUGA